AUGAAAGCUCGUACAACCCUAACUCUUGUACCUCCAAAAAAAGAUGCACGGGUUGUGAGCAUGAAGCUCGUCCAAUCGGUGGUCCAACCCUACCUCCACCAGCUUGUUGUAAGAAAGAUAAAGAUUGUGACGCGCAAUGUGCAGGAGGAGCUGGAUUCUGCAGGAGUAAAAUCUUUUCACCCUUCCGCUAAAGGGCCUUUGAUUAGGUUUAGGGGUGGAGUAUCCCAAGCAGUAUGGUGGUCGGAGAUGGAGUUUGUGGUGGCGAGAAGAAUUCAGAUCUCUGUUCAUGGCGGAAUCUGUUCGGAAGAGGAACUUCCAGUACUAAUCCGGAGUGGAGCGCUGCUUCGGCGAGGCGAUUCUAGGAGGCACUGCAUCGGCUGUCAGCCGGCGGUUUGCUUUUCCGGCGCCGCUUCCAACAAUCUUCUAGAUCUAACACGUGUAGACAUGUGUAUCACAUGCAGUACAAUUAGACUGACGGCUUUGAACCACUCUCGACUUCUCUUUGAGUACAAGAAGAGCAGCGACGGACAGGUGCAUGAUUCCUUCAGUAUAUCAAGAGAGUACAGAGACCUCUUGGCUUGUUCUGUUGAUAGUUGCCCUGCAACUACACUCGCUUACUAG